GCAACAGGAAGUAGAAGUUAAGGCUUCAAGUUCUUGACCGUUUUUAUUAUUUUCCAGGGAAAUGUGUUUUCUGUGAAGCCCGUCAGGUUAGCGCAGCUCAGCGUUGAAAUAAUCCCAGUUUAGAUAAUCCUGGAUGUAGAUUAAGAAAAAGGAGGUGGAGACAGUUUCGUUUUCGCUCGUCUUAAACUUCUCGAAGCAUGGCCUCAGAAACCGACCACGCUGCAGGGAGUGAUGUGGAAGAGGAGGAGAAGUAUGUGAGACCCCCCUCCAGUUAUGGUUCAAUGAAGAGUGAGGAUGAAAGUGCAGGAGGAAUGGAGGAUGAGGAAGGAGAGGAAGAGGAGGAAGGAGGAGGAGGAGGAGCAGGAGGAGGUGAACCGGUGGUUUUUGCACAACCGGAUCCUCCAGCACCUCCAGUUCUUGGGUCUCAGAUGAUGCACUCCGUUUAUACAGAAACCAUCUUAACUGAUUUCACCGAGCAGACCAAACCACCCGACGCUAUGGUCAUUGACACCGGCUCUGUGGAUGUAGGGAGCUUGACUGACGACGAAUUGGACGACGAUGAUGAAGUUCUGUUAACAUGCUCUCCAGAACCACCUGAGCCUCUUGAAAUGGAGGGUUGGAAUGAAGCUGAUGAAAACAGCCAGCCGGGACGGCUGCACCCAGAACUGGACCUGCCUCAUAUUUUCAAAACGAUCCUAAAUGUUGUAGUUAGGCUCAACGAUCAGGAGUUGUUCAAGUUUAAGCUUUGGUACAACAGAUGGGACCAAAUUAGCCUCCUGGAGCAAACCAAGGACGGAGAUGUUCUGGACUUUGUGGACAAGGCCAUCGAGGUCUACGGUCCGUACAAAGCGCUGUCAAAGGCCAUUAGCACUCUUGAGAGCAUGGAGAAGGAGGAGGAGAUGAGGGAACUCAUGACUAAAGGCCAUAAAGCCCUGUUUCGUUUUCACCUGAAAGAAUAUUAUAUACGAAAAUUCGUAGUUAUCCGAGAGGGAGUAGUCCAAGCCGGAAAGUCGAACAUCCUGAAUGAUGUCUAUGUGGAGCCCCAGAUUUCCACCUGUGGUUUCGGAGGAGUCGACCCCACUCACGAGUUCUUAGCUCAACCCCCAACACCUGUCCAGGUUCCUACUGAGGACACUUUUGUUGCCUUAAACGACCUGUUCCGCCUGAAGAAAGCGGACGGCUCCCCGGUGAGGACAGUGGUAACCACGGGGAUUCCAGGAGUCGGGAUGUCCGUCUCCGUGGCAAAGUUCUCGCUAGACUGGGCAGAUGAUUGUGCCAACCGGGAUCUGCAGUACGUCCUUAAGCUUUCAUUCCGUGCUCUGAGGCUUUAUCGAGACAGAGAAGAUAGUGGAAAGGAGUACUCCAUUUUUGACGUACUGGGUUAUUACCACUAUCCUAAAGAAUAUCAUAAAUUAUUGGAGGAAGAAGACGCCAGGUUUCUUAUCAUUAUGGACUGUAUGGAUUCCUACAUGGGGCCCCUGGACUGGGAGAACGCUCCAGUGAUUACUGACAACAACACCAAAGCUCAUAUGAAUGUCCUAGUCGUCAACUUGAUCCGAGGGACCUUGCUCCGUGGUGCACGCAUCUGGAUCCUGGGCAGGCGUGCAGCAGUGUCACAGAUACCGUCUAAGUAUAUAGAUGUCAUAACUGAGCUGCAAGGUUUCAAUGAAGCCAUGAGAGACGACUACCUGACCAAACGCUUCACUAACGCUCAGCUGGCAGAAAAGAUUGUGAGACAUUACAAACGAGUGCCAAUGAUUCAGAUCCUCACUCGCAAUCCUUUUUACUCCUGGAUGGUGGCGAAAGUUUUCGGCGACAACUAUAGGAAUCCGAACUACGGCACCAAACGUCCCAGACUGACGCCGUUUCACAUCCACUUUCUGAUCAUUCAGACGAAUCGCAGCCUCAAGUUUUACUACAAUAGAACUCUUGAUAUGAAAUGGCGCGAGAAAGAGAGGCAGUUUCUGAGGAACUUGGCAAAGUUGGCCUUCAAGAUGCUGCAGGCCAACACCAGCGUGUUUUUUGAGGAGGAUCUGAAGGAGUUGGAACUGGAUCUGACCCAGGUUGUGAUGUUCUCUGGCUUGUGCACCGAGCUCCCUUCUAAAGCCUCCUCUGCCAAAAGGACAUUCUGCUUCUCGAACUUCACCCUACAGGAGUUCAUGGCUGCUCUGUACGUCUUCCUUAUAUUCUACGUCGAUGCCAAAAACAUCCUGGACAAUAAAUGGAUGAAGUUCAGCUCACCCAGCAGAUCAGCUGUGGGCCUUGUGCAGAGCGCUUGGACACUGACCCUAAGCUCCAAGCUGGGACACUAUGAUAUGUUCCUGCGUUACCUGUGUGGCCUGCUUUCCCCAUACUGCCACUACGAGCUGCUCAAAGGCUUCCUGUAUUCACACACCAACCCAAAGGUGGAAGCACUAACGGAGGCAGAGCAGUUGCUGGAUAAGAUCAGCCAGAGCGCUCCUGAAGACAGGAAGCGGAACCUGUAUGAGUGCAUUAGAGAGAUGACCCAGGAGCAGGACUGAGGUUUGCAAAAAACAGGAAAAAGAAGUGACUUAUGGCAAAAAGCACUGAAGCACUACUUGCUUUUGAUAAGAUGGAAUAAAGAAUGAAACAUUUAAAUGUAAUCAGACUACAUGAAAUGUUCUUUUAUAUUCCAAAGGUAAAUCUUUGACAAAACUGUGUCAUGUCUGUCCGGUCCUCAUCAAAGCACCUUAGACACACCCCAACAUCACAGCCGGCUUUGAUUUCUAUCUCAUUUAUUUGCCAUUUUCCACUUCAAUCUGGAAAUAUCUUUUAUUCUUUAUUAUUUCUUUUUCUUGUGUGUUUUCGGAGUUACUAGAUUCAAGCUUUUUUUGAUGAUUGUGAACGUCUUACAAAAACAGAAAAGUCCUUUUCAGUGUUUGCAAAAAAAAAAAUUUCAAAUAAGAGUCAAAACUAGAUGUUUGUGUUCAUUUUCGUCCAUGUUUAACAUUGUCAAGUUUUUUUUUUUUUUUGACAUUUAUGGAGUUUUUCAUUACAUUUUUAUUCAACUGACUUGUAAGUCAUUUUAGAGUUCUGUAAUUUUGGAGAGACCGUGUGAGGGAGAAACUAAAUAUUUGAAAUAUUAUAUGUCUAAUACUUUUAUAUUUUGUAUUAACUGGCAAAAUAAAGAGCCAAAAGUAAACAUCUGAGCUAUUAAAAGCAGAUAACUGAGUAAGAAGGAAGGUAAAAAUGGACCUCCCAUUAUUACUAUUGUUUUUUGGGUCUUUAUGAGUCUCGAUAUUAAAAUAUUCUUAUUUAUAUACAUCGUUAUGCUGGUUUUAAUGCAGGCAUGUGCAACAUUCAGAAUCUGCAUCAGUCUUUCUUGUCUUAUUCAGUGCAACAUACAUUUAAUUUUAGAAGUAUUUGAUUUGCUUUUAGUUUUUCCCUGAAAUGUUGGGUGGAAUAAAAAAUAGUGAUAAUUUAAUAUGUAAGCUCUCAUCCUGUUUGUACUGGCU